AACACCUCAAGCCCCGCCCUGCCCUACUUUUUUAAAUACCCACCGUCACCGGGACCGUUACGUAGUAUUCGCAUGGAAAUGUGCUGAUUCUAUGGUUUACUUUAUCGCGGGGAGAACGCUCUCAUUGUUUUGUUUGGUGUAAACUUGUUGCUUGUUCUCUGACAUGGAGCUGGACCGGCGGCUGCUGCUGGCCCACUGCGCGGCUCACGCCCUAUCUGUCGUGGCGGGCUUGCUGGUGGUCGUUCCGAUGGCUCUCAACGGUUCUGCAUUUAAGGGCCGCUGCGCCCUCUUCUCCACCGGGUACUGGAGGAGUGAAAACCGAGCCGAGUUGACCGGACAGCCCGGAGAGUUGUCACAUCUGGUGGUGCAGCAGUGGGGCCCACCAGCAGCCUGCCAGUUCUCCACAUUUGUGGGCAUUUUCACGGUGCUGUACGGGGCUGCCCAGGGCUGGAGGUGUCUCUUCUAUCUACAUGGGCGACAUGACGACACCCUCUUUUCGUCCUUCCUCACGGUCCUGCUGAGUGUGUGUGUGCUCUUCCUGUCUGGAGGGGCUAGUGCCAUCCUGUCCCUGGGAUUUAGCUCCUGGUGUGACACUGUAACUGAUGCCAACACAAGACCGUACAGCUGUGCAGAGUCCCAGUCCGUCCCACUUUACCUGGAUGUGAACACAUCUUCUUUCUACACAGAGCUCAGUCUGGCACAGGCAUCUCUGUGGUGUGUGACAGCUCUGUGGCUGGCUCAGUCCAUCCUGGCUUUCCUGCGACUCUACCACUCCCACAGCCAGCACAUCAGCGGGCCUUGUCUGCACCGUGACAAGGAGCUGCUGCUGGGACACAGUCCUUCUGAAAGCACGUCCCCUUCGCCUCCUCAUCCUCCAGCUACACCCACCAUCUUAGUCUGAGUGUGAGGUAGAGUUCCAAGUCCUCAGACUUAAAUCCACGCUUUUAAUUCAAACCUCAUUUUUAUGUUUUCUUUUUUUACCAAGACCACCGAUAAUGUCACAUUGUGGAUCUUACUAUUAAAAAAAAACUUAUUUACAGAGCCUAGCCAAAAGAACUUAUAUUGUAUAUCACAAAAUGAAUAUAUAGAAUUGUCUGCAGCACAGAAAUGCCAAAGGUACACUUUGUUGGAAGUAAAGCAGUAAUUAUUUCAUAUCUCAAAAAACACGUUUGCUCCCACCCCCAGUUAUAUCAUGAGCAAAACGCAGCCCUAAAUCUGUGACUGGAAGAUGAAUUGUGAGAAAUUAUAAUUCAAAUAUUAUUCAGAGAACAAAGAAUUCAUGUUGAACUUUAAAUACAAAAAAGACUUCAGUCUAUACUUGAGAGCUGAAAUUCACCUCUGUCCUAGGUCAAAAGGGAUAUAAGAGCAUGAAUCAAAUGGAACAGUUGGAGCAGAUAUAUCCAGUAACCACAGUGUUAAGGAAAAUAUGUUUGUGCUGUUCUGCUAUAAUUCUGUGAAUCAAUGCUUUAUAUUUAAUUCAUGUUGCUUACAGCUGUGCAUGCAACCAAGUGUUGUUUUUUUUACAUUUUUUUACAGUCAGCUGGGAAAAUAUUUGACAUGCAUGUCUGUUUACAUUUCUCUCGGAAUUCAACAUUUUGCACAUUUGUGUCCUCAUCAGGGAGAAAAAAUUACAUGUUUGUUCCAAGUUUAAUAUUAAAAGGAAGCACUGAGUUGUAUUUAUUGUGAAGCAUGUGGUGAGAGCGUGACUGAGCCACUGUGUUCUCGAAACAGGCUCACUGUGUGAGCGUGAUCCAAAUGUUCUGUUGUGUAACGGGAAAAAAAAAACACAGCUGACCUCUGCUCUUGUGAUGAUUUUCAUUUUGGUGCUGUCUGUGCAGAAGCAG